AUGAUCGGUGAAUCGCUUCCGUUGUUCCUCCUCCUUCUUGGGCCAUCUAUUAUAGAGGCCCUGGGCACCCAAGUGGUCUGCUACGACAACAAGCGGAUGUUGUCCCUCAUCGAGGGUCUCAAUGGCACCGUAGACGAGCAGCUCUCCCUGGCAGCGUUCACCUGGGGCAAGCUCCGGGCCGACUACCCGAGGGAUGUGGCCAAGAUCGAGGACCUGGACGAGACCAUGCAACAUGUGAUGUGUAGCAAAGAUAAGAACAUCACCCUCAGCCAGCACCUGCAGGGGCAUCUCCUCCGCGAGCACAUCCGGGAGCAUCUGGAGACCCUAAACAGCACGGCGCUCUUUAAGCAAGCCCUGGAGUCGCCCGAGCACGAGCUGGGAAAGUGGCAGCUGGCCAUCGGGCGGCACUCCCGGAGGUUCCACUGUCUCUUCAAACCGGCACAGCUGCAGAAAAUCAUCGGCAGCGUGUUGAAGCGGCUGUACAGACUGGAAAAGGCCAGCGCGAUGGCUGCGUUUCUCUACCAGCUGUAUAUGGUGGGAAACAAAGACUCCUUCCAGCUGAUGGUCUACUCGGAGCUGCUGCUUUACGAGCGCUACAAGAGCGGUGGCCAACAGAGGCCACAGUUCGGCAGCUACAUGGCAAAGAUGUGGCAGAGCCUGCAGAUGGAGGAGCCCUACGCGACCCUCGAUCAAGCCGUCAAGCAGCGCCUGCUGGACGCGAUAAUAGAUCUCCUGGGUUAUCUCUGAGGAGGAUUCAAUUGUGUAAACUUUAUUCGGUGUUUGAGUGAGUGUGUGCUUGAGUAUUUUGUGUUAAUUCUUGAGUCAUCAUUUUUUGUUGCAACUGUGAUAAUUACAUAGAAUGUUUUGUUUGUUUGUGUUUGUUUGCUUUACAUUAAAAUAUGUUUCACAUA